GUGAUGUCUUUGUCGUUUCUGAGUGAGGAGCUUGAGAGCAAGAGAGUCAUUGACUAUGUCAUAUCACUAACCGACUUUAUUGCUAAAUUCUCGUGGAUUUAUGAUUUCAAACUGACCCGUUUUCUACAGGAUAAAGCUUAUGACCGAUUGCCAGACGAAUGGAAAGACACACUCAUUUCAUUAAGUGUCGAGGAGUUAAACGAGCUGCCUUUCGGAUUAAUACAAGAAAAGUGGCCGGAAAGUUUCAAACAUUUUAUAUCAGAAGCAACAUCUCUGUUGACUCAGAGCAGCGACGUCAGAAAGUGCAAGAAGCUUGAAGUAGAGAGUGUUUGUUUGAGCGAAAAAAUAAAGAGAGGAAUGAAGGCGAAGAAAGUACACGAGGUCGAGAGGAUGGUAAGUUUUGUUGGUGCUUUGUGUCGUGAGAAGGAAAUCAAGCAUGUAGUGGAUGUUGGAUCAGGGUUGGGAUAUCUUGGGCAGGCACUCAGCAGCCAGUUUGGUUUGAAGGUAUUGGGAUUGGAGUCGGUGGAAACACGAUGUCGUGCUGCAAGUCGGAGACAAGAGAGACUACUGUCGGGAUCACAAACAGAGAUAGAGACAACGACAGUCAACUUUGCCGUGAACGAUGUUGACAAGAAUGUGAGCGAGUUUCAUGAUAUGCUUCGUCGAUUCUCUGGAAUUAGAGGAGAAAGAGGGAAUCCCGUGUGUCUGCUGGGACUGCAUUGUUGUGGCGAUUUGACACCUUUAAUGUUAAAACGGUUCACUGAAUGUUGUCCAUCAAAAUCUGUUCUGGUCUGUAUUGGUUGUUGUUAUCACCGCAUGUCGACAACAGAUAAAGAACAAUUCCGUUAUUUUCCGAUGAGUGCUGGUGUCAAGAGUGUUGUCGAUGACAUAAAAACUAAGUACCCCGCAUGGAGUCUCAAUGUUUUCGCUCUUCGUUUGGCUGCUCAGGAAACACGAACCCGAUGGCGAGAGCAGACUGCAUUUGACCAUGACCUACACAUGAAACGAGUGGCUUUCAGAGCUGUAUUGGAGACAGCACUCGAGUCCGAGGGAAAUGUCAGGUUACAUAAAGUGAUCAAAGAUGAAGACUGUGCCACAUUUCAGUCUUACAUCACGGCUGCUCUUAUUCACCUAGAUCAUAGUAUGUGUAGUGAAAAACAUGACACAUAUGAGAAAGCAUGUCUAGCGUCUUACCAGACAUUCGAGCCACAUUUCUGCCUUGUGGAGCCGUUCACUGCCUUGCAAGUGCUCAUCCAGCCUCUACUGGAGUCUCUAAUAAUUACAGACAGACUGAUAUAUCUGAUAGAGAAUGGCAAUAGCUCAAAGAUGAUUGCAAUGUUUAACGAUAUAAUUUCUCCUCGAUAUAUCGCAUUAGUAGCAACAAAGCACUAGCCAUCAUUACAUGUUAACUAACAUCUCUAUGCGUGAAACUGAG